AUGAGCAAGAUCAACACCACUCACUUUGAGCAUUCUUACACCGGCACGGAUCCGGAGAAUCUCAAAGGUCAUGACCUUGGAGCACAUGCUGGCACAGUCCAGCUGUUUGACGGCGAGGAGGUGAUUUUGAUUCCAAGUCCAUCAAAGGAUCCAAAAGACCCUCUCAACUACCCAUCAUGGAAAAAAUGGGCCAUCGUGAUACUAGUCUCGGCCUACAGCUCAACAGCCGUCAUCCUGAGCUCGGGAAUGGGCGCGUUCUACACAAAAGUCGUGGCAGACUAUCCCGGACAGGAGAAAAAGGCCAACGACCUGUUGACAUACCCGACGCUAUUCAUGGGUCUGGGCAACGUCAUCUCCAUGCCGCUUGCCCUCACCAUCGGCCGCCGUCCCGUGUUUCUCGGCUCGAUAUUCCUCAUGACCGCCGCCGGUCUGGGCUGCAUCUUCUCGCGGAGCCUCGACGUCCACAUCGCCUUCCGCGACAUCAUGUCUCUGGCCGCCGGGCAGAGCGAGGCCAUCUCGCCCAUGAUCAUCUCCGAGAUACACUUUCUUCAUGAGAGGUCCCGCCGGCUGUCGUGGUUCAUCUUUAUCCAAAACGUGUCGGUGGGCGUCUUCUUCAUCGCCACCCAGUUCCUGGUGGACGCGCACGGCUGGCGCUGGUGGUAUGGUCUGUUCACCAUCAUCAAUGGUGUCGUUGCCAUACUUUCAGUGGUGUUUGCCGCCGAGACCAUGUGGGACCGACACGACACCGACGGCUCCUCUCCGGGUACGGUUCAAGAUGGCGCCGAACCCCCCGUCACCCUGAGCAACUUCUCUGCCCAUCGAGCCAGCCUAGGACCCAUCCCCUGGCACACAGGUCUCGGACUGAUGGUCAAGAACCCCAAAUGGAAAAAGAUACCCAUCUUCUACACCCAGGUCAUGCAGGGCUUCUGCAUCUGGCCCAUCAUGUGGGUGUUUCUCGUCAACGGCAUCUUCUUGGGUCUUUACGUAUUCCAGGCCGCCACCUUCGCCACCGUCCUCACCGAACCGCCCUUCUCUCUCGCCUUCGUCAGCCUGGCGUACGUCCAAGGCGCGCAGAUCAUCCCCUGCAUCGUGUUCCUGCCCCUGCUCGGCUACGGCGCCGACUACCUGGUCCGCGCCAUGAGCAGGCGGCGCGGCUCCGUCUACAACCCAGAGUACCGCCUGAUCCCGUUCGUGGUGCCCGUCGUCGUCUUUGUCGUCUGCGCCGUCGUGUACGGCCAGGCCGCUGCAUUGACCGUCAGCGACGCCACCAGCAGCAGCAGCACGAGCUGGGGCUGGCCGAGCAUCGCCGUGUCGUACAACGGUGCCUUCUUCGCCUUCCUGGGCGCCAACGUCGUCGGCAUCGCCUACGCCGUCGAUGCGUUCCCGUCCCGUACCGGCCCCCACCUCGUGCUCAUCUGCGCCGGCAGGGGCUUGGUGUCGUUUGGCUUGAGCUACGCCACGCUACCAGCCGUGCAGGCCCUCGGGUACGCGGGAAUCAUGAAUGUUUAUGCCAUCCUGGGCGGGGUCGUGUCCUUGUUUGGUGUGGCGGUGUACUUUUUUGGGAGGAGGGCUCGGGAAUGGGCGUAUCGGACCUUCAAAAUUGAUGAACCUAGGGAGUAA